GACCAAAUCAGACCGUUGGAGGCUCCUCCCCUGCGUCCACCUCUCGUCCCCUUAUUAAAACCUCGUCAUCCACCCGAGGAGAGAGAAUCAAUCCACCACGCCACCGCCGCCGCCGCCGCACCGGAUCCGCCGUUCCUUCGUCUUGGUUGGCCGAUCGAUCCAUGGACCGCCGGCCGCCGCUCGCCGUCUCGCCGCGCCGGCUCCGCCCGCGGCCGAGCCACGCCGCCGCCGGCCGCCCGCCCUUGGCGUCCUCCGUCCACAUCCCCUCGCCAGGAUUUAGCAAGAAAGCUCAGACGCCGAUGCGCUCGUCCAUCUGCGCUCUGCCGCCGCCGUCGUCCUACUCCUCCUACCUCGAGACCAGCCCGCGCCCGAAGCCGGACUUCACCGUCGUCGCGACAAGAGCUGCGGGGAAGGAGAACCUCCACUUCCAAGACGCCGACGACGCCGACGAGGCGGUGCCUUUCAACCUCGCCGACACGAGCACGGACGACUGGACGGCGGCGGUGGCGCCGACCAGCCCGCUGUUCGAGAGGGGCAGGCUGUACGACCUCUACUCCGCGCGGCGCAACGAGCGGCUCAAGCGCAAGCACGGCUGGUACGCCGCCGGCGAGGAGGAGGCGGGGGCGAUGGCCGAGGACCCUUGCGUGGCCGUGGAGCUGUCCAAGCGGCGGGGCGCCAAGAAGGCGGCCGGGGCCCCCGAGUCCGUGAUGAGGAGGUCGAUGCCGGCCGCACCAGCGGAGUUCUCGCAGAGCUACAGGGCCGGCGGCGGCCUGAGCGCCAUGAGGUCCUCGCUGAGGAGCAGCAAGGAGAUGAAGAAGCCCUCCGCCGCGUCGUCCUGCGCCACUGCCGCCAAGCCCUCCGCGGCCAAGGGCAGGAGGGUUGGCUCGCAGUCGUCGGUCCGCAGGAUCUGAUGAUGAUCUGUGUGCUGCUGGAAAUGACAUGGUUCUUCUUCCUUGGUUCAUCGUUGGAUGGUUGGGUGUUGAUAAAGAGUACUAGUGCUACUAGUGUGGAGUUUGGAACUGGUUUGGGGGCAAUAUAGCUGCGUGUUUGGUUACAUAAUUGAUAAUCUGAUCCGUUGAUA